ACGCGGAGCGUUGUGGGAGGGAGCGACGUAGGGCGCCAUCUUGGCGGUACUGCGCCGCGAGCUGCGGGGAGCGGCGCUCGGCGCGGAGGCUGUCCCGGCGGCCUGUCCGUUAAGUUGAUUUUACAGAAUUUAUCAGGUCUUCCAAGCAGAAACAGGUGAUUUUUGCUGUGGGUUGAGCUCAGCAUGGCUGUAGUCAUCCGUUUGCAGGGGCUUCCUGUUGUUGCGGGUCCUGCAGAUAUCCGUCGUUUCUUCUUGGGAUUGAAUAUUCCCGAUGGAGGUGUGCAUAUUAUUGGAGGAGAAAUUGGGGAGGCUUUUAUUAUAUUUGCAACAGAUGAAGAUGCACGGCGUGCCAUGAGCUGUUCGGGAGGGUUUAUCAAGGACUCGCGCAUAGAGCUCUUUCUCAGCAGCAAGGCAGAAAUGCAGAAUACCAUAGAAAUGAGCCGGAAGCGAUUUGACCGUGGGGGACGAGAAGCUAUGCCUGGGUCUAGACGAACAGGUCCUAAUGGUUCUGGUGGAUCAGGUGUUGGAGAUGUUCCACAUUUAGUUGCAGCAUUUACAAAAGGGAUAAAUAAACCUGGUUACGGUCCACCAAAUCAUCCAGAGGCUGGCUUCCACACCAAUGGUACGAGACAAGGUGAUGUAGGUAUGCCUAAAUCAGGCUAUCAGUCAAGAAAGGAUUCUCAUGCAUUUAACCCAGAUGAUCUUUACUUAUUUCUACGUGGUAUACCUUACUCUGCAACAGAAGAUGCAGUACGCGAUUUCCUUUCUGGGAUACGUGUGGAUGGAGUCAUUCUGAUUAAGCAUCGUAAUGGUUUAAAUAACGGUAAUUGCUUGGUAAAAUUUGCUACGCCUGGUGAUGCCUUAGAAGGACUUAAGCGGCACAGACAGUACAUGGGUCAGAGGUUUAUAGAAAUAAGUCCAACUACGGAGGAACGGUGGAUUGAAUAUGGUGGGAGGGUAGACAUGCCAAAUGAAAUGGAUCACUUUUUCUGCAAAGAACAUUCUCCAAGAAGUUCAGGCUACAUGCAUGCAAGGAAACAUUCUCAUUCAAGAUCACCUAGGAGACAAAGAACACGUUCUCGAUCGCCUUCCGGCCAGGAAUAUUACAUACACUUAAGGAAUCUAUCAACUAAUGUGGAAAAGAGAGAUUUGAGAGAAUUUUUCCCUGAUCUGGAUAUAAGCAACAAACAAAUAAAGAUUUUAUCGGAAAAGCAUCAGAGGAGGACUAGAGAUGCCUUCGUGAUGUUAAGGAAUGAGAGAGAUUAUCAGGCUGCUUUGGAAUGUCAUAGAAAGGUUCUUCUCAAUCGUUCUGUUUACAUUUUUCCAAUUUCAAGAAAGUCAAUGCUGAAAAUGCUUGAUUCUUACGAGAGGAAAAGAUCACAGGAAAGAGGUCAUCCUGGGCAGGCCUUAACAGAAAAAAGUUAUCGGGAAGGUCAUUCUGGCCUGAAGAUAUGUGCUUACGUAAGGAAUUUUCCAUUUGAUGUGACCAAAGUUGAAGUGCGAAGGUUUUUUGAGAGGUUUGAUAUUGAUGAAGAUGAUAUUUAUUUGCUCUAUGAUGACAAAGGCGUUGGGCUGGGAGAGGCGUUAGUGAAGUUUAAAUCUGAAGAACAAGCCAUGAAAGCAGAAAAUUUAAAUCAUCAACGGUAUUUGGGAACAGAGGUAUUACUGAGACUUAUAUCUGAAGAGCAGAUGCAGAAAUUUGGUGUAACUGCUCCAUUCUCUACACCCAAUGAAAUGCAGGGUCAUUCACAUGCGUAUAACAGAGGUGAGCUGUCCCGUCCGGUCGGCUCACCUGGACCACCACAAGGGCCACCCAUGCAUUCAUUUGGUCCCCCUGGGAACUUCAGGCAUCCUUCUGAAUUUAGGCACCCCCCUGAGAAUUUCAUGGGCCCUCCUAAGGAUUUUAGAGGUCCACCGCCCCUCAUGGAUUUUGGUGGUGACAGCAAACCUUUUGGCAGAAUGGAAUUCGGGAAUAAUAAAAUGGGAAAUUUUCCUGAAGGAAGAUUUAUGCCGGACCCGAAUUUCAGUGGUGGUUCUGACCGGAUUGUUCCUAUCCGCUUGAAAAACUUACCUUUUAAAGCAACUCCUAAUGAGAUUCUGGAUUUUUUCUAUGGCUACAGAGUUAUACCAGAGUCGGUUUCUGUACAGUACAAUGAACAAGGAUUACCUUCAGGUGAUGCCAUCGUCGCUAUGACAAACUAUGAGGAAGCUAUGACUGCUAUUAAUGAAUUGAACGAUAGGCCAAUUGGUCCACGGAAGGUUAAGUUGAGUUUGCUGUAGAGGAAGUAAGGAUGCUCUAGAAUAAAACGUUAUAGAUUUGACAGUAUUGACGGUUACAUUCACUUUUUUAAUUACUAGAAGAUGCAGAAGAAAUGGUUUUCAACAACGGUUGUAAAUAGUGUCUAAUUCGGUUAAGUUCCUGGUUAAAAUAUCUGUAUUGUUAAGAUACGAGAAAUAUAUAGUGCCUACUUCUUACAACGGAGAAGAGCUUCAAAGUUCUGGAGGACAUUCAGUAUCUUACGUCGAGGUAUAAAAAGCAUGGAGUUUUAAUGGUUUUUUUUUUAAGGAAAAAAAUGCUGGGUUGUUAUGUUUAUUUUUUUUUAGUUUGCUUUAAUUCCUCGUUCCCUGACUUUGCAUCAGAUAAAAUUGUAAGUGUUGGUUGAAUGACCAUGCACAGUUCAAAUAGAAAAACUUCAGCGCUACCUACAUUAGUGAAAACAGUUCUUAUUGAGGUUAGCUUAAUAAAACUAAAAAAUGACUGGGCUUUUUUUUUUUUUUUUUUUUUUUUUAAAAAGCUGUUCGGUUUUAUGUGGUUCCAGGCAUCGCUAUUAGAAGAAAAAAGAUCUUCCUGUUCACAUUAGCUGGGUUUGCUGGCUUUUCAACUUUUUUAAAUAAAAAAGAAAUUGCUAUUAAGUGUCUGUCCUAUUUAAAAGUUGUACGGUUACUGAUCUCAGCUAUUUCUCAGCACAUGUGGAUCUUAGUGAGAAUGAUCCUGGCUGCUUUCUGUGGAAAGACUGAUCUGUUAGUAUUUGCCAACAUAGAAAUGAAUAUAUGGUUUAUAAAGACUCCAAAAAUCUAUACAAAUGAGGUUGAUAGGCUUUCUCUUCACUCAGUGUAGUUGUUCCUCUGAGGCAGAAAAUGGAUAUUGGAGUUGGGUCAAGAAUUUUGGCUUCAGCCAUAACUUUCUGUAGCCUUGUUUCACCUUCACAUGCUCACAGUAUGAAUGUUAACUUGCUGAUGAUGGUGUGGAUGCGUUCUAGGUCAAUAUAUGAUCAGUUUGAACUAACAUCUGUCAUGGGCAACUGUGCUGGCAACCAGCUAUGUUAUUGUCUUACAUAGGAAAAUAAUCUUGAUUAGUAUUCAGAAUGCAGUGACUGGUUUGGUAACAACAUAAGUAAAUUUUAGUAAGAAAUAAAAGCUAGCCCAUUUGAGGAAAAGGCACUGCAUUCAAAAUUCAGGCUUAUUAAGGAACCAGUUCUGUGGAUAAUACUUCUUGUUGACCUUAAUUCUCUUAUAUAAAAUCAUAAUCACUACAUCUCAUGUAAUGUCUUUAGAGAAAUGAACAAGACAAACCCCUUUUGCUUCCGUAACCUUUAAAAAGAUAAUAUAGUUUCAUUUCUUGAGGCAUAUUAUUCGUCCUGAAGUGCUAGGGGAACUGUACUUUCUGUGCACAAAUUUCCUGGAGCACAAAUCUUAUAGGAGUGGCUGAAGGAGCUGGGGUUGUUUAGUGUGGAGAAGAGGAGGCUCAGGGGAGACAUCAUCUUCUCCCGGGCAACAAACAGGACCCAAGGAACUGGCUGCAAGUUCUACCAGAGGAGGUUUAGGAUGGACAUGAGGAAGAACUUUUUCUCUCAGAGAGUGGUCAGGCACUGGAAUGGCUGCCCAGAGAGGUGGUGGAGUCGCUGUCCCUGGCAGUGUUCAAGAGGCGUCUGGAUGAGGAGCUGCGAGAUGUGGUUUAGUGCUUGUGAUGGCAGUGGUGAUGAGAAGACGGUUGGACUGGAUGAUCUUACAGGUCGUUUCCAACCUUGUGAUUCUAUGAUUCAAUCAGAAUGCUAAUGCCAGGUGUGUAGAUGAGGGUUCCUCAGCAGGAACUUAGAUGGGGUCAAACUUUCAGACUCUGUAUAUACUUAUCUUUUGCUGACUGUUAGGAGUUAACUUCAGAGGUGUUACUGUUCUGUAUACUAAUCUGAAUUUAAAUGCAAUUUAAAAAAAACGAUGCUUUUACUUCAUAGUUGCUCACAACCAUGCCUAACAAAGCCAACAGACUUUGCAGCGAAAAUAAUAGCAUGAAUACAAGAAUCCUCAAAAUAAAGUUGUUUGGUCUAAUUGUGCUACUGAGAACUUAAUCAUGAUUAUUUUUGUAAGCUAAUAUCAUUUGUACUGUUAAGUCUUGCCUCUGUUGCCAGCUGUUGUGUGAAAGAAACAAUAUUCACCUUCAGUUUUACAUGAUCUGUUCUUUCUAAAGUUCUUCCAUCUACACAAUAGUGACUGUCAAGUACUAAAUACAAAUGGAUAAAAUUUUUACCAUGAUUCUAAAGUAACGUUGAUACACUCAUACUUCUGUAACAAAAAGGAUUUGGAGGCUGAAAGGGUAAGAAAAUGGAUUGCUGGUUAAGUGUGAGAUUUGUGUCGGAAAAUGCCUACUUCAUUAGCAUUGUCUGCUUACAGGAAAGUCUGAGUAACCGCUGAUAAGGGACUGCUCGUUUCUGGGUUGGUAACCUUUUCUUGUCCUAACCAAUUAGUUGAGAAUUGAUGUAAACACUUUCCUUCUUUAUUAAUAAUUUGGUUUUGAAAGCAUAGUUGUAUACCUUUUUGCAUAUAGCUGUACCACACUGGUACAGUCAUGAAAUUAACCAACCAUUUGUUUAGGAAAUGGACAGCAGUGCUUGACUGAAUCUGAAAUGGUAAAGUGGUGGCAGCGAUGGUCCUGAUGUGAUACAGAUAGAUAUCUAAGUGCCUAUCUGUUCAAACGGAGACAUCAGUUAUCUUGGUACUUCUUAGCUUUUGUUCAUUAGCACUCCUUGUCAGCAGUAGUUAAAUGAUUAUACUGUGCUGUAAAACUAAUGGCUGGGUUUUUAACCAGAACCCCAUAUAGCAACAUUUUCACUCAGAUUUUUAUCACAGCAGUUUUUGGCAAAACUUACAUACUUGUUCUGUCAGGUGUGAGUUGCACACUUGAUGUCAGUGAAAAAGGAUAGCAUCAAUAUUAAUGGUUUAUUUCCUUAACUGAGGGAGUAUUUGUUUAUUAACUUGAAACUGUUUUCCCAGUUACAGGUUUAAAUUCUUAUUUAUACACAUGCUAAAUACCUUAAAAACUUUUUAAAAAAAUCUUCAUUUUUCAUAGAAUUUAUGAAGAUCCAUUUAUACAUUUAGCAAAUAGAAAAGUUGAAAAUUACACUCAUAAUGUGUAAUUUCUUACAUGUCUGAUGGAAAUGGUAACUUAACCAGUUAAAUACAUGAAACUGAACUAUAUAUAGGGAAUCUCAACUAACAUAAAAAAUGUCAACUAUAUAAAAUGUCAACUGGAUUCAGUAUGAAGGCACUUUUAAAUACAAGCAAUGCAGUACUGGAAGAAGAUACUGGGCUAGAUCCUUAAUCAUGAAUGCUUCAUUCUGUAUGUGGAAUGGAAUCAGAAGUCAAGUCUCAGGAAUGAGAAAAUUGUCAGCUGAGUGCACUUCUUGAACAUUGUGUUCUAGUACCUGAAGGGGGGCUACAAAGCUAGAAUGUCUUUUUAUAAGGACAUGUAGCAACAGGAUGAAAGGAAAUGGUUUUAAACUGGAAGAGGGUAGAUUUAGACUGGAUACAGGAAGAAAUUUACAGUGAGGGUGGUGAGACACUGGAACAGGUUGCCCAGUGAGGCUGUGGAUGCCCCCUCCCUGGAACCAUUCAAAGCCAGGCUGGACGGAGCUGUG